GCGGUGCAUUGUGGAAUGAGAGGGGAGGGGGCCAAAGAGAGAGAGAGAGAGAGAGAAAAGAGUGUGGAAUUUGGGAAAUGAAAUGUAGCAAAAGGAGGGAGGGAGAGAAACAUUUCCAAAGGAAGGAAGGAAGGAAGCAGGAAAGCAACAUUGUCUCUCCCCCCCCCCUCCCUUUGCACGCCCUUUGAAUUGGGUGCCUUCUCUGUUUGGGGAGGGGGCCAGGCAGAGAGGAACUGGGGAGGGGGCGCCUGGGCCCACCAUGCCAUGGGACCCAAGGUAAGGGGCGGCGCCGACCCCGCUGGGGCUGCCGCCUGAGGCUGAGAGAGAGAGAAAGAGAAGGAAGGAAGGAAGGAAGGGAAGAAAGGAGGGAAGGAGGGAGGGAGGGGGGCGGAGCGGGGAGCCCCACCCCCGUCCCCACCCAGCCCAGGUCGGGAAGCCGAGGAAGGCGGAGCGCCGGCAGAGGAAGAAGAAGGAGAAGAAGAAGGAGAAAGAGAGGAAGGAGGAGAGGAAGAAGAGGGAGAGGAAGGGAGGCACAAAGCCUGCAGGCAUGAGUGAGUCAGUACUUUGCACGACUCGAGCCACGGUGAUGCUCUACGAUGACGCCAACAAGAAAUGGGUGCCGGCUGGAACUGGACCACAGGUCUUUAGCCGCGUCCAGAUCUACCACAGUCCGGCCAACAACACUUUCCGGGUCGUGGGACGCAAGAUGCAGCCAGACCAACAGGUGGUCAUCAACAGUCCGAUCGUGAAAGGGCUGAAGUACAACCAGGCCACGCCCAACUUCCACCAGUGGCGCGAUGCCCGCCAGGUUUGGGGGCUCAACUUUGGCAGCAAAGAGGACGCCGGGCAAUUUGCCGGAGGGAUGAUGCACGCCCUGGAGAUGCUGGAUUCAGGGAAUUCGGCACCAGCACGGCCUGUCCAGAAUGGCCCCACUGCAGACGAAAUGGCCGAGCAACAGAAAAGGCAGCAGUUGGAGAGGGAACAGCAGGAGCAAGGAGAGAGGGAACGCAGGGUCACCAUCGCAGCCACUCCAGUCACCCCUUCGGCAGCAGGACCCCCACCUCCGCCGGGCCCCCCUCCGGCACCGCCAUGCCCACCGCCCGGCCCUCCGUUGACGGGGCCCUCAGGUCCGCCUCCCCCUCCGGGGCCCCCUCCGCCCCCCGGGCCUCCACCGGCCCCCCCGCUGGCUGCUUCAGGAGGGGGUCCGCCCCCUGCACCGCCCCUCCCGCCCCCCCAGGGGCCGCCAAAAGGGGCCGGGGCCCCCACCGGAUUGGCCGAGGCCCUCGCCGGAGCAAAGCUCAAGAAGGUUGGCAAGGAGGAGGGACCAAAAGCGGCCCCCGCCGGAGCCCCCGCUCCAACCUCUUCAGGAGGGGGCGGCCUCAUGCAGGAAAUGAGCGCCAUGUUGGCACGACGGAGGAAAGUUGCAGAACAGACGGAAAAAUCCGUUCCAAAGAAAGAAGACGGCCUCACACAGCAAGAUGACGCAGAAGCUGGUGGCAAGACCACAGACUCCUUCCGAAGGCCUUGGGAGAAGACCAGCACAACGCUACCCAGAAUGAAAUCGGCUGGGGCCGUCACCGCUUCCGAGCCUGCUGUCGUGGGCGGAGGGGAUGAAUCGGAGUUGGAACGGGUCAAACAGGAACUUCUGCAUGAGGUCCGGCGUGAACUACAGAAAGUCAAAGAAGAGAUCAUUCAGGCGUUCGUCACGGAGCUACGGAAACGGGGGACCCCUUAGCCUCGCCGCCAUUUCCCCCCUCGGAACGCAGCAAAAAAGAGAAAAAAAAGAGAAUAAAAAUCAGAGAAAAACAAAACAGAGGCAAAAGAAAUGCCACUUCCCUCCCACCCACCCCCCUGCUCACGCCCCUUCCCCCAAAUGCACCAAAUGAGCUCCAUUGCACCCCUUCCAAGCCUUGGCUCUCCCCCCGGCACCCUCCCCGUGCAAUUUUGGGGAGCGGGGCGGCAAUCCAUGGCGUUUCCCCCCACGUUUCCCCCUUUUUCCCAGGAAGGGCAGGUCCCCCGCCUGUGCCUUACCCAAAAGCAAUAGCCGCUUCCCUGGAAUAAUGCCCCCCCCCCAAAUUUCCCCUUCUUUUUUCCCCUUCCGGAGGGGGCCACUUCCCUGGAGGAACUGGUUCUUCCCCCCAAUCCUCCCAGUUCCGAACCCCGGAUCAAUACACUGUGCCAUUCCCAGGGAGGGCGCCUUUCCCCGUCAACGGUAUCUUCAUCGUCAUCGUCAUCAUUACUAUUUCCCUGGAGGAGAGAUUUAUAGGCUAGCAAAGGGGUCUUCGGAGGAGGAGGAGGAGGAGCCCUUGUUUUUGGAGGCUUUGGUUGCAUCCGCACUUCAGGAUUCUGGCACCGCUUUCAUUGCCAUGGCUCAAUGCAAUUGUAAUACUGGGAGUUGUAGUUUCCCAAGGUCUUUACUUUUCUCUCUCUCUCUCCAUCUGUACCUGUAGUUUCCCAAGGUCUUUCGCCCCUUCUGGCUGCAUCAACACUGUCAAUUGAUUGCAGUUUGGCACCACUUGCACUGCCAUGGCUCAAUGCAAUUGAAUGCUGGGAGUUGUAGUUUCCCAAGGUAUUUUUUCUCUCCAUCUGUACCUGUAGUUUCCCAAGAUCUUCCCCCCGUCCCCUCCGGCUGUCAAUUGAAGUUUGGCACCACUUGCACUGCCAUGGCUCAAUGCAAUUGAAAUGCUGGGAGUUGUAGUUUCCCAAGGUCUUUUUUCUCUCCAUCUGUACCUGUAGUUUCCCAAGAUCUUCCCCCCGUCCCCUCCGGCUGUCAAUUGAAGUUUGGCACCACUUGCACUGCCAUGGCUCAAUGCAAUUGAAAUGCUGGGAGUUGUAGUUUCCCAAGGUAUUUUUUCUCUCCAUCUGUACCUGUAGUUUCCCAAGAUCUUCCCCCCGUCCCCUCCAGCUGUCAAUUGAAGUUUGGCACCACUUGCACUGCCAUGGCUCAAUGCAAUUGAAAUGCUGGGAGUUGUAGUUUCCCAAGGUCUUUUUU